UCUGUCAGAGCAGCAGGUUAUCCUGUGGUCUGCUGCUUUGGUGGGGUCUCAAAAAAAAAAAACACUGGCAGAGCAAACACGACGACUCAUCUCGAAGCCGCUCCUAAUUAUUCUGCCUCCUCCAAUGGAUUUAUCACCACUACGGCCUCUGACGUCGUCGUCGUUCCUGUUUACAAUGGCCGCUUGUUGAGGAUGGAUCGUAUUCCUCGCAUCGCACCGAAGAAGCCUUUGAACGCCCAUUCAGCAGUAAUAGUUCGGUCAUUGACGUUGGAGUGAUCUACCCGUGCAAUGGCAGUUUUCAGCCAUCAGGUGCUCUUUGCUGUUACGAGAUCCAGGGGAUCGUAUCUUUUAUUCCAGCGACACAGCUGUUCCUCGCUGUCUUCCAAAGCCUACGUCCACAUAGAACCUCUACGCAACAUCCCCUCGUCGGCAAACCCACUCAGGCACUCCCGCUAUGGCCACCUCCGCUCUUACCGAGACCACAACCUGGCCUGCAGCCACAGCUCUGUUCUCCUCACCCGCUCUCUGCACAGUUCUGUCGUUUGGCUUCAAGACAUUAAAAAGGAGAAUAAAACCUCACCCCCUGCUCAGAAUUCGGCAUCGGGCGAGAAAAAUGACACGGAGGCUGCCGUAGCCCAGCCACAAACGCCACCGCCACCCCCUCAGACACCCGCUGCUGCCGCCACUGUGCCCACAGCGCAGGAGAGGGCUGUGGUGAAGAAGGCUCUGUAUCUCAGGAUUGUCGACGAGCUGAAGCAUUACUAUAAUGGCUUCCGGUUACUUGGCAUCGACACCACAGUUGCAGGCAGGAUGGUGUGGAGUCUGCUGCACGGACAGAUCCUCACACGCAGGGAAAGGAGAAGGCUCAUGAGGACGUGCGCCGACCUCUUCCGUCUGGUACCCUUCAUGGUGUUCAUCAUUGUCCCAUUCAUGGAAUUCCUCCUUCCCGUCUUCCUAAAGCUCUUCCCAGACAUGUUGCCUUCCACCUUCGAGACGGAGUCCAAAAAGGAGGAGAAGCAAAAGAAGGGCCUUGCUGCGAAGCUUGAACUUGCCAAGUUUCUCCAAGAGACCAUUGCUGAGAUGGCUCGAAGGAACAAGGCUACAGCUCAGAGCGAGGAUGAGACUCAACGCUUCUCCACAUAUGUUCAGCAGGUUCGGGGAACCGGCGAGCAACCCACCACCAAGGACAUUGUCCGCUUUUCUAAGCUGUUUGAGGACGAGCUGACGUUGGAGCAUCUAGAGCGUCCCCAGCUGGUGGCCCUGUGCAAACUGCUGGAGCUGCAGCCCAUCGGCACCAACAACUUGUUGCGAUUUCAACUGAUGUUGCAACUCAGGACCAUCAAGUCAGACGAUGAGAUGAUUGCAGCAGAGGGUGUGGCCGCAAUGAGUGUGUCAGAGCUGCAAGCAGCUUGUCGUAGCCGGGGAAUGAGAUCUCUCGGUCUUACCACAGAUCAGCUUCGUCUGCAACUGCAGCAGUGGCUGGACCUACACCUGAAUGAGAAUGUUCCUCCAUCGCUGCUGCUGCUCUCCAGAGCCAUGUACCUGACUGACCUCAAACCCAAAGCCCCAGUCAUCCCACCUGUACCCAAACUUGAGAAAACCACUCCAGUGGAGAAUAAUAAAGCAAACGGGACCUCAGUGAGCUCUGAGAUUCUGUCGGAUCCUGCACUCGUCAUCAAAGACAGGCCGGGAGAAGAGAUGAGGAACAAGGCUCUUGUCUUGGCAGACAAACCUCUGACUGCUGCUGAAGUUCUCCAGGCAAAAGCAGCAACUGAAGUGUCCCAGAAGAGCAAGAUGAGUGCCAAUGGUGUGUAAAGAGAAGUACGCGUGUCUGGAGUCAAAAGGCGAGGUGAAUUUAGGCAGCCCAGAGCCAUUAACAAGGACGCUGCGCUCAAUAAAGGGCAAUGCGCUCAAUUGACAAGCUAUCAAUUUGUUUACAUCUCUCUAGUUCCUACUUAAGCAGAGAUUCGCCGGAGAUGGUAACAAUUGUAGAUGACGUGAUGGUGCUGUGGAUUCCACACUUGUGCACUCCAUAAUGGUCUCUUCCCCAAAACUCUGCAUUAAUGGCUUGAAAUUUCACAUGGCUUGAUGGUAUAAUUCAGUUUGAUCCAAUUUGUCCUGGAAACACUAUCCAAACCUCGCGUGAUGCAGCUUGGCCACUGCCACAACGGUGACUCCCUUUUGUUCCACAUGGAUUCCUGCUCCUGUAAAUUUGUAAAUGUUGUGUAUAUUGUUAUGUCUUACAUUAUCGCAGCAGCAGCUUUGUACAGUUUGCUACGCAAACUCAUGAAAUGAUCGAAGCUCCUAUUAUUACCAAUUUCUUUGCCUGCCAGUUGCCCCUGUUUAACAUAUGAGAGACAGAAAUACUUACCCGUCCACCAUCCUUUUCAACGCAAACUGGACCAUGUAGACCAUGUGUAAACCAACCUGUAGGCUCCAUCAGUUGACUGGAACGGGUUCCGUGGCACAUGGUGCUGUAGUUAUCAAAAGAAGACUGGUGUGUUCAGAGAGAGAGUUCACUCCUUUCAUGCAGACAAGACUGAGGCAGUGUUAUCUGCCUUAUUUUAUUUGACUAUACUGCAGUGUUUGUAUUGUUUUGACACUGUGAAGCUUGGCUUUCAUGAAGCUGAAGACAAUAUACUUGAUGUUAUCCAGAAAUAAAUUUUAUUUAUGAGAGAUCUUAAAGCUACCAACUAAUAGGCAUUAUUUUUUUAUGUGCUUUGAAAAGAUGGACAAGUGUAACCUUAUGACUGAUCCACCACCUGCCUGAAAUUGUCCUCUCAUAAAUAUAAGACUGUGUGGUAAACUUUGUUUACCACAUUGGUGUACUGUAUAUAUAAUACCAUUUUAAGUGAUUUAGUCACCCGUUUUGAGUGAUUUAGUCACCCUGAUCUGUUUCAUUGUUGGCCAAGUUCACACCACAAGAAACAUUUACAUUAUCUAUCCAUGGGCACCUGCCAGCAGUGGAUGCCAUACAUGAAAUUAUAUUUUUGGGGUUUUACAAAUGUGCCUGUAAGGUUAAAGGGCGGUUGUUUUCUUGGGGUUCAUUAUUGUCUCAGUAACUGUAUUCAUUCAGAGUGCUGUUUUGUACGUUUCCUCUUUAAAGCAGGGGUGGGAAACCUAUGCCUUGUGCAUUUGAUUCGGUCUGCUGUGCAAUUGUCAAAACCAAUAAAACCUCUGAGGAACUGUUAGAAAAAGCUCCAAAACAUUUAACUCAAAAUUCCUAUAUACUGUAAUGAUAAACACUUUGUUAAAUUGUUGUGUCAUAAAACCUCUGAGGAACUGUUAGAAAAAGAAAAGCUCCAAAACAUUUAACUAAAAUUCCUAUAUACUGUAAUAAUAAACACUCUGUUCAAUUGUUGCCUCACAUCUUUUCAUAAAUUGAGUAUGUCCCUCUGGGUAGUGAAAAUUGUCAAAUCUAUCAAUAAAUGGUUCGUGAUUUUUAUUUUUAAAUGUUCCCCAUUCCUGCUUCAUUCCUGUACCCUUGGAUCCAUCCUUUAUGGAAAAAAAAAAAAAACUUGAGAGAAUAUAUGUUAAAAAAAAAUGCAUAUUUGUUCUGUCAUUCUGAGUGGAUGUGGACUUUUUCAAAAAUAAGUUUGAUUUGUUUGAGCUAAGAGAAAUUUGUCAAGUUGAUGUGAUGCUCUUGCUGUUGUUAUCUUUCCUGAUUUAAAAUUGUUAGUACUAUGUACUGCUAGAUUAAACUAUUUGUCCACUGGAA